CUGGAACAAUUGCAUUGCUACGAAGAAUAUGGAACGGCCUAUAAUUUCGAUUAGCGAUGGCAAGAUCCAAGGGAUCACUCGUGAAAGCGUCUUAGGAAAAAAGUACUUGGCUUUUACUGGUAUACCGUACGCGCAACCACCACUCGGCCAUCUGCGGUUCAAGGAACCCCAAAUUCCCGCAAAAUGGUCGGGAAUACUGGAUGCAUCGAAACGCACGAACGACAUGGCUACGCAAUACCAAACCAGUGGGCCGAGACCGUGGAAGGUGAUCGGGAACGAAGACUGUCUGUAUUUGAACGUUUACACAAAUGCCAUCGCUCACAAGAGGCCCGUGAUGUUUUACAUUCACGGUGGAGGUUUCGUCGAGGGUUCAGGAAAUCAUUGGAUUUACGGCGAAGAUUAUUUCGUCACUAUGGACUUGCUGCUCGUCAGUGUCAACUAUAGAUUAGGGCCUCUCGGCUUCAUGAACCUCGGACACAAAGUAGCUCCCGGCAAUCAAGGCUUGCGCGAUAUUCUAUACGCGCUCAAGUGGGUUCAACAAAAUAUCGAGGCGUUCGGUGGAGAUCCCGAGAACGUCACUAUUUUCGGCAAUAGCUCCGGCUCGGUCGCAAGCCAUUUGUUAACUUUGUUACCUGCGGCAAAAGGACUGUUUCACAAAGCUAUUUUACAAAGUGGCACAGCUUUCGGACUCAGGCACUUGCUUAAGGAAAACACCAAAAAACCGUUCUUAAAUGGCUUCAAAAUUGCUACGCUUUUUGGAUGUGAUUCCGACGAUCCAAUUGAAGUAGUCGAGUUCCUUCGUUCUGUGCCAGCAGAAAAGCUCGUGUCUGUCGAACAUCAUUUGUCAACUAAAUGGGAAAACGUGAUAUUAGGUCGUUGUGACUACGGGCCCGUGAUCGACGCAAGGUUUUGCGAAGAUCCGCUUAUUCCAGCUCCACUGGGUCAAUUAUUGCAAAACGAUACGAAUAUACCGAUAAUAAUAGGAAAUACCAUCAACGAGGACCUUCUCGGAUUUGCUGGUUUAUGUGAAGAUGAAGAACACUUUUCGUUUUAUGAUGAUCAUAUAGACAACAUCAUAAGAAAUUCGUUAAUGCUGAACAACUCUGGCGAAACUGACAAAAUAAUAGAACAUAUAAAAGAAUAUUAUUUGAAAAAUCAACGGAUAAGUCCGAAAACUGUUUGGAAUUUGAUUAAUUUACUGACUCAUCUAACAGUAAAUUUUGAUCGAAAAGUAAUCGAUUUAAGAAAUGGGCACGCUAAAGCUCCGACUUACGUGUACCGAUUUUCGUAUUGCGGAAACGAGCCCACAUUUUAUUCCUACGAUGAAGGCCCGCAACCUGUGAAAGGAGUUGCACACGCUGACGAGUUAUCGUACAUGUUUCACAUAAGUUACAUGAAAGCUGAUGGGACUUUUACGAAAUGUCCCGAAGAGGGUUCUGCGGAUAGAAUGACGCUCGAAAGAUUCGUAAGAAUGUGGUUCAAUUUUGCCGCUACUGGCAAUCCCACUCCUAAAACUGAUAGUCAUUACGUUACAACUAUAUGGAAGCCGACGACCCCAGAGCAUUUGUAUUAUCUUGAUAUUGGAGAUCAUCUUGUUUUGAAAGAUGACAGAGAUUCACCUGAUUGGAUAAUUUAUAAACAAUUUCGCAAAAACUAUUUAGGAUUAAAUUUAUAAUUGCUUUGAAAUAAAUUUACACUGUCAAUUAUAUCGGAACAAUUUUGAAUCGUACUAUGUAGAUAGCAAUUUCUAUUAGUUAUAUUACAAAUAAAAUUUUCAGUUAUUUUAUUGCUUAUGUAAUUUUUUUUAAAUAUUCAUUUCCAUUUCUUUAAUCGUCGAUCAUCAUAUGUGAAGAACAAAAAUUACUUACAAUCUCGACUCUGCGUGAAGCCGAUAUUCCAUUAUAUCAGUGAAAUUGUUUGCUUUCGAAGGUGUGCAAUACAAUAUAAUAUAAACACAGACAGAAUAUGACAAAUGGCGAUUGCAGGUCUGUUAUCAAAAAUUUUA